AUGAAGAUCGGAACGCAUGAUGGUGUUUUUCACUGUGAUGAGGUUCUUGCAUGCUGUAUGCUCAAAGUCCUUCCUGAGUACAAAGACGCUGAGAUUGUACGCACCAGGAACAUGGAGAAAUUAAAUGAAUGUGACAUUGUUGUUGAUGUUGGUGCUGAGUUUGACCACCAGAAGAAGCGCUAUGAUCAUCAUCAAAGAGAAUUUAAUGAAACUCUAAGCACAUUGAGACCAGAAUUGGGUAAUAAAUAUAAUAUCAAGCUUAGUUCAGCUGGACUUAUAUAUACUUAUUAUGGUGAAAAAGUCAUCCAAUGUCUACAACCUAAACAUGCUCCACUAACUGAAGAUAACCUGAAAAUCAUCUAUAGAAAAGUUUAUGAAAACCUAAUAGAGGAGCUAGACGGGAUCGACAAUGGGGUGCCGAUGACAGAAGAGGAACCUAAAUACAAGAUCCGCACACAUUUGAGUGCUCGGGUCAACAGGCUUAACCCAGAAUGGAACUGUAGCCAAAAACUAAACCUGGAUGAGAUUUUCAGGCAAGCAAUGGAUAUGGUUAGGGAGGAAUUCCUUUUUACUCUUAAUGAUGCAAUAUCUGUGUGGCUACCGGCCAGGGAUUUUGUAAAAUCCUCCUUGCUGAACAGAUUUGAGGUGCAUGGCUCCGGUCAGAUAGUUGAGUUUAUGGAGAGAUUUCCUUGGAAGGAGCAUCUGUUUGAAUUGGAGAAGGAAAUGAAAAUUGAUGGUGAAAUUAAAUAUGCUCUGUUUAAAGACAAACCAAAUUCGUGGCGAGUGCAGGGAGUACCCGUAAAUCCUGUUAGCUUUAUAUUGAGGAAGCCCUUGCACAAAAACUGGUGGGGCGUCAGGGACGAGUUGCUUAGUGAAGUGUCGGGGAUCGAAGGUUGCGUCUUCUGCCACAGCAACGGCUUCAUUGGUGGCAACGUGACAAGGGAGGGUGCUCUGAAAAUGGCAAUCACUAGCUUGGAGGCGGACACG